AGGCCUGAGAGGAGUUGCGCGUGCGCAGACAAGUUACAACGUCAGAGCACAACUGUAGUCUUCAAAUGCCGACACUCUGGUGAGAACGUUCUGAAGCCAGAAAGAAUUUUGCCGCUUACAAGGAAACGGAGCCUUGAGAGACGAGAUUUCCCAAGCCCCGAGGAAAAAACAUUCCCAGGUCCUGAUCAGCUCUUCCCAGUCUCAGAGAAGCCAUGGGAGCCUGCCACAUCCAGUACGCCCUGCUCCUCUCUCUGCUGGGCUUCGUCCCCUGCUCAGAUUCUCUGACCUGUCAGAUGGGAUCCAUUAUGCACCUCGGCAGUGGUCUCACUAAGACAGCAGUUGAAUGGAGAGAACAAAACACCAUGAUGACUAUUCGUGAACAGAGUUGUCAGGAGAUUCUUGUUCUUAUAGAUGUAGGCAAAAAAUCUGUCUUAUUGGGAAGCAAAGGUACCAGCACAGAGAAUCAUAGGAAUGUAAGAAAUAUCACGGUGUUCGCCCCUGGACCGGGAAUAAUGGCCAUCGCUUUUUACCACGUAUGUGACUCUGAACUGUGCAACAGUUCAAAUAGCAGCAGAGUCCUACUUGACUCGAUCCCUCGUGUAGCCCCUCCUGUGCCAGGAAGGAGCCAGUGUCCUGUCCGCUUGCAUUUUAAGGAUUCUGCCAACCGCAAGUCCAACCUUGUCUUCUGCCCUAGAGGCACUCGUUGUUACAGUAGUGAAUUGGCCUUCUAUGGAGGUGGCCUCAAUGUAGUCUUUAGCAUUUCUGGAUGUCUGGUCUAUCCUCAAAAACGCUUAUUGAAAAAUCAAAGUUCAAUUGGAACAGUCUCCAUAACAGAAACCCGUUUUCCGUCCAACAGUGGUGAUCCAUUCUCACAUGGACUUGUCCCAAGUAUGCUCCUGGCCUGGAUGUUAGGGCUCAGGUCUCUUCUCAGCCCUUCGUUUACAGCAAUCUGAUCUUUCUGCUGAACCCAUUUCCUGGCCAUUCUUAAUCCCUCUUGACCACCCAUACCCAGCCCUCCUGUGACUUCAUAACCUAAAGACCUGAGAUGGGGCACUGUCGUUCUGUGUCACGCCCACCUCGGCCGGCAAGGAAGACGCAACACCGUCGGAUUCUUCUCAACAGCCUUUAUUGCAGGACCACCUCAUUGCUGAUACAGGGACCUCGAGCGGCAAAAACACUCGCCUUAUAUACACAACAGGCUGUGGCUAUGCUAAUUGUCCUUCAGGGAUUGGUGGAGCACGAAUCACCCCACUAUCACCCCCGCUAUUUGUCCUCCAGGGAUUGGCGGAGAAUGAAUCACCUCACUAGCAUGGUACCGCCAGGUGCAAAACCCGCGCAUGCGCAGUACCGCUGUUCACCACAGGAGGGCGCCCUACAGUUCUGCGAUGCCUGAAGCCCUCAUCCCUCACCCACACACCCCUUCCUCCUCAUGUUUAGGUAUAGGAGCCGCUGAACUCACCCUGCUACAGAGCAGACGAUCACACAUGGACCACACAUGUGGAAAAAUAAAGUUGCUGUUGUUUCUCCAAA